GUGCGCAUCAUAUUUUUUGCUAUUUACCGUUGACAGUUGAGGUAAGACGCUAAACUGAACAAUUAUAAUUUAGUUGCAUUAUCAACGUUUUAUCGUUGUUUGUUGCAUGAUGCGAAGAAGUACUUAAAGGUAUUGGACAAUGGCCGCACGUAGAAACGCUGAGAAACGCACUCUGAGACCUCGUACUAAAGUGGCAAAAGCGAGUGGAUCCACUCAGAGACAACUUAGGCCGAGAAAAGUUGUUGAUAAGAAUCAAAACACAAUAGAAGAAGCGUUUAAACGGUCUUCUAAAAAUGCAAACCAGCGACAACGUCGCUCAAAAGAACAAAAAAGUACGCAGAAAACUGACGAAACUAACAAAAAAUUACCUAUAUACAAAAAUAUAAGUCCUGAGAAGUCCUUGGAAGAUCAAGACAGUGUUUACGAGUUUACAUUUGAUCCUAAUGAUACGCAGGAAAGGAUUCCAAAGAAAAAGAGAUUGAACGCAAAAAAACGGAAAAAGGGAGAUACUAAAACACAGAAGAAUGUUAAAAAGAAUAAAAAAAAACGAAUUGACACUCACAUUGCGGAAGAUAAAAUUUCACCUUUGACAACACUUGCAAAGCAAACAGAAGAGCUAAGUAUUAAGAAUGUUGAAACAGAGAAUAUUAAAAAGGAGAAGAAAAAACAAAUAGACAUUCACACUGCAGAAGAUAAAAUCCCAACUGCGACAGAACUUGCGAAUCAAACACAAGAGGUAAAUAUAGAAAAAGUUGAGACAGAAAAUAGUGAAAAGAAAAAGAAAGAACAAGUAGACAUUCACACUGCAGAAGAUAGAAUUUCAUCUGUGACAGAACUUGCAGAGCCAACAAAAGAUCUGACUGUAGAGAAUGUUGAAACAGAAAGUACUGAAAAGGAAGGGAAAAAACAAAUAGACAUUCACGUUGCAGAAGAUAAAACAUUAUCUGUGACAGAACGUGCAAAGCAACUGCAAGAGCUAAAUACGAAGGAUGUCGAAACAGAGAAUACUAAAAAAGAUAUUAAACGAAUAGAUGCUGCAGAAGAGAAAACAUCAUUCGUCGCCACACCUGCAAAGCAAAAUGAAAAUCUAAGUACACCAAAAAUUAUAUCCAUUGAAAAUGUAGAUAACAUGAUAGUUAAUAGAAUAUCCAGCACUGACUUUCGUUCUCCUCUUCGACCGAGAAACUUAGUUAACAAUACAAUUGUAAAACGCGGGGAUGAUUCGAAUUAUUUGUCUUUGACAAAAUCUUUGUCGCCUAUCUCGAACACAGCAAAUGUUGCAAGCAUCGACAGUCCGUGGCGACCUCCGACAUUAUCGAUGUUUUCCCGAGCUAAAUACUUCGUUCAAAGUACGCCGAUAGUGCAUUCCAAUAUAAAUAAGAAAUCAUCUAAGGAGGGAAAAGAAAACAAACAAACGACAAAGAAGAGAGAGUUCGUGAAAAAAAACAAAGGAGCAAUAAAACCAAUCAAAACGCUUACGGAGCAAGAGAACCGAGAGAACAAGUUCUUAGAGACAGACAAUGAGGAUCUUCAGAUAACGAACGGCGAAACAGUUGAGAAGCGAAAGGACGAACGUCUUGCGGAAAAUAAAGAAGAUAGCAAAAUAUCUGCGAAGGAAGAGAAUAAACAUCUUAUAGACUAUCUUAACUUUUCCGACACAUUUGAUGUUUUAUCCGAAUCAGAAAAACGAUCAACCUUUGGGACUGAGAUUCGUUUGUUCGAGGAUGCCGAACCCACACGUUUUUCAGAGCCGCCCAAGCGUUUUUACAAGAGAAAACGUGGCGUGAAAGUCAGUUUUUUGGAAGAAAGCGACAGAGAAGAGGAAAAUGCGAGAGAAAACAAACGAGAGACAAAAAAGAAGAGGAAGUAUACGAAAGCGGACAAAGAGAAUGAAAAAAGAAUAAGCGAUUGGAUACAAAAUGUUAACAGUUCGUUUGAAGAGAUCGACAAUUAUGAUUUGCUCGUAGAAUAGUUCCUGCAAAAGCAUUUUUUUUUUUUUUUUUUUUUUUUUUUUUU